AGGGGUGUUUGCCUUUACAGAACAGAACAUUAUAAUUUAAAAGAUUCACCUUUCACCAAAUCCAACCCUUUAUUUGUCUUCAUUGCUGUGCCUCUUUCUUGCUAUGGCUAAUCUAGCUGUCACUGUUUUAUUUCAUAUAUUUGUUUCGUUCGAGUUCCAAGAAUGUCAUUGAAGCCUUCUUGCUUCAUACUUCUCUUUCAACCCAUUUCUCAUUCACCAGCGUAUGGCUGCCUUUGGAGAAUAUUCUGCCCAAUGUCCAACCCCGGAGAGGCCUAAACACAAACUUUCACAACAUGAGAAAAAACCACUUCCUGCAUACAUCUGUCAUGAUCCAAAAGGUCUUUCUUCACCCAAGCACAAGGUAGAGAAGAUUUCAUCAAAAAGUUUGUCUUCUUCUCCUCAACACAAAAGGGGUGGUUCUGCUUCUGAAAGAUCAAAUUCCAACUCACUGGUGUCUGCAGAUUCAAGAAGGGUAGGACCCUUGAUGGAUGAAGUUGCCAUUGGAGCAGUGAUUGCUGUCCUCAGUGGCUACAUAGGAAGAUAUGUGAAAGAUGAUAUUUUCAGGAAAACAAUCCGAGAGAAGUGUUGUUCUCUCUUGGACAGAAGGAGAAGAAAGGAUGCAGGUCAUGAGGUUUUUGUGAACAUGGAAUUGGGUAUGAAGAAAAUUGAUAGAUUAGUAGAAAGUCAAGGAACAAUGGAACAGGUGAGGAUGAUCAAAAGGUUAAGGAGUUCCAUUGAGCUUUUAAGCGUAGUUGCUACUUUGAAUUCUAAAACUUCCAGGGAUGCUUCAACUUGUGGCGUGCCAAAUUCACAUCUCUCAGCUUGUGCUCAACUAUACCUGGCUGUAGCUUACAAGCUGCAGAAAAAUGACAGGGUUUCCUCUAAGCAUUUACUGCAAGUCUUUUGUGAUUCUCCGAGUUUUGCUCGAACCUACUUGCUUCCUGACCUUUGGGAGCAUUUGUUUCUUCCCCAUCUUCUCCAUGUCAAAAUUUGGUACAACACUGGGCUUGAGUUCCUUUCAAACGAAGCUCAAGGUGAGAAGGAACGGAAAAUGAAGGUUCACAACAAAAUUUACAAUGAAAAGAUUGAUAGAGGGACCAUUCUGUUUGCUCAGUAUUACAAGCAAUGGCUUAAAGUAGGGGCCAGUGAACCACCUCUUCCUAAUGUUUCUUUGCCAUCAAGGCCAAGUUACAGAUUAUCAAGGUCUUCAGAUUCUUUUGUUUCAAAUUCCUCAGUCAACCAGAACUUAUUCAAGACAGUGUUCGGCUCCAAACUAGAGCAGCAACCUUUUAGCCUUGGCGACCCAAAUGGAGUGUUGAGAAUUACCACAGGCCUAGAGAUUGAUGAAAAGUUGUAUGAAGAUGAAUACAAAAGCAGUUCAGUUCAGAAAGACGAUAGGGUAUUUGUUGGAAGAUCAAGUCAAUUUGGCAAAAAUGAAGCUCAAUUAUGGCCAACGUCGCAGAGAUUGGACUAUUUUCAGUGUCUUUCUUGCAGGUUCAUACCAAAGGAAAGCUUUGAGAACAGCAACCGUAGACACAAGAAUGCUUCAGCUGUUCUUUCAAGAAACUUUGUUGGAGCUAUUACAACUAUAGGUUCAUCAGAUAUUCUAAGUGACUGUGAAUUUGCUAUUCGUGUGAUUACUAAAGCUUGGUUGAACUCUCCUGGUGAUCCACUAAUUCAAGAAGCACUGACACAGCCUAGUGUAGUUCAAGCUAUGCUUGAGGUGUUAUUUUCCUCAACUAAUGAUGAGAUUCUUGAAUUGAUCAUAUCAAUUUUAGCAGAAUUAAUAGGAAGGAAUGGUGCAAUCAAACAAAUUAUACUGAACUCUGAUCCUCAAUUAGAAAUAUUUGUGAGGCUUCUAAGAAGCACUAGUCUGUUUCUAAAGGCUGCAGUUCUACUUUAUCUAUCACAACCAAAGGCAAAGCAGAUGCUAUCUUCAGAAUGGGUGCCGUUAAUCCUUCGAGUGCUGGAAUUUGGAGACAAAUUGCAGACCCUCUUCACAGUACAAUGCAGUCCUCAAGAGGCAGCAUUUUAUGUUUUGGACCAACUUCUUACUGGUUUUGAUGAAGACAAGAACUUGGAAAAUGCCAGGCAAGUACUUUCACUUGGAGGAUUGACCCUGCUAAUGGCAAGGAUCGAAGGAGAGGUCCACGAGAGAAACAAUGCUGUUAUGAUAAUUUCAUGUUGCAUCCGCGCCGAAGGAAGCUGCAGAAAUUUCUUAGCUGACAACAUAAAUAAGACUUCAUUACUUGAACUCAUUGUUGUUGGAAGUAAACAAAAUUCCAGUAGCUAUGCCUUGUCUGUGCUGGCCGAGUUGCUCUGCCUUGAGAAAAGAACAAAGACUUUAAAUUUCUUAAGAGGACUUAAAGAUGGAUGGGGUGGCAUAAACGUAAUGCACGUUUUCUUCAUUUACCUUGAGAAGGCUCCACCUGAAGAACGCCCUAUAGUUGCAGUAAUAUUAUUGCUGCUUGAUCUUAUGGAAGAUCCUUUCAAGGGAAGCUUAUAUAGAUCAGAAGCAAUUCAGGCACUUGUAGCAGCUUUGAAUUGUCAAACAUGUAAUGAUAGAGUGCAACAGCAAUCAGCACGAGCUCUAUACCUAUUAGGAGGUCACUUUUCUCAUUCAGGGGAACCAUUAAUGGAAAAUUCUCUUUUAGAAAAAGCAGGUUUCAGAGAAAUUUGCUUCCAAGAUUCAUAUCCGGGCAAGGAAAAUGUUGUUUAUGAUUCAAUUCACAAGAAUGUGGAGGAAGAGGAAGAAGCAGAAAGUUGGCAAAAAAGAAAAGCCCUUGUCUUGUUCAACAAUGGAUAUAAGAAUUUGCUAUCAGCACUUGCAGAUACCAUAGCCAAUGGAAUCCCAUGUUUAGCACGAGCAGGUCUCAUAACUAUUUCAUGGAUGAGCAGCUUCCUCAAUUUAAUCGACGAUAGAAUGUUGCCACCAAUGGUAUUCUCAAUCUUAAGACCACAAUUACUACAAUCAUUGGAUUAUGAUAAAGAUGUUGAGGAAAGAGUGCUAGCAUCAUAUUCAUUGCUUUAUCUUGUCAAAUAUUCAGGAUGUGUCUCCGAUUUACCAUCAUUGGACAAAGACUCACUCACACAUCUCCGAAAUCUCUCCCUAGUGACUUGGACGGCCAACGAGCUCAUCGCAAUCUUCUCAAAAACAAGUUUGCCAUUGAGACGAUGAUUAGCAAGAAGCUUCAUCUUGUUGAAUCUUCCAAAGUUCUUUCUUUUUUAUUAUAUAUGUGAGAUUGUGCUAAUCCUUGUCCUGUAUAGUUGAUUAGCUUGAAAGGGAAUAUAUGUAUCAAAGGAAACGUAAUAUCUGCUUUAUUCAAUAUAGCUUAUGAUUUCACUUUCUGAGAA